AACGAUGAAGUUCGCAGAGCUAUAGAUCCAGAGAUACCAAAGGCCCUCUCCCAGGCCGUGGCAGCCCCGUGCCGUGGGCCUGGGAUACGAGAGAUCGCGCUAGUGCUAGCCUGAUAAGCCGGACGCUUUGGAGGGGGAGGGGCCGUGCCGAUCAGCUGUUUUAGAAGUCAGAAGAUAUUUAGAAUUCAUAUUUCAACAGAAGGCUAUAUUUCAUGCAAUCGAUCGUGACCGACAAGCAGACAAGUCUUGCUGAAUGAAAAUCAUAAUGAUUUUGAUCGUAAUGGGAGUGAGUGGAAGUGGAAAGUCAACAGUUGGGAAAAUGCUGGGAGGAAAGCUUCAGUGGGCCUUUGAAGAUGGAGAUGAUUAUCACCCACCAAGCAACAAAACAAAGAUGUCUUCUGGCAUUCCUCUCGAUGAUAUGGACCGAUAUCAAUGGCUUUUGAACCUGAAUAGUGUGAUACAAAAAUGGCAGAAAAGCAAUCAGCAUGGCAUCAUCGUGUGCUCAGCACUAAAGCGCAAAUACAGACAGGUAUUGUUGUUUGGAGCAAAGGCUAAAUACUCUGAUACUAAUACUGAAGUGAGCUUGUCAUCUGGUUUAAAUAACAAACAUACUCAAGAUAUAAGAACAGAUUCUAAAUCAGAUAUCAAGUUUGAACAAUUGCUAACAAGUACAGAGGAUCGUCACCCCUGCCAAAGUAUGUCCACACCAACGUCAUUCAUCGAAGGUGUUCCUUCAACAUUGCCCAGUCAACGGGAGGAACAUCAUCUCAUCCAUAACAAGGACUCCUGCAGUCCCACAGGCCAGGAAAAACACCAGGUCUUAUUCAUCCACCUCAAUGGGACCAUGGAACUCAUCUCAUCUCGACUUGGUCAGAGGAAAGGACAUUUCUUUAACCCUGGACUCCUUCAUUCUCAGUUUGAAACCCUUGAGGACCUAGGUGCAGAUGAGGAUGGUCUGGUGGUGGAUAUUAGCAAAUCAUUGGACUCAGUGGUCUCACAGAUAGAGACUCAUGUUCUUUCACUUUUAUCUUUGCCAAUUUCAUAAUUGACAGCAGGGGCUCAUUUACUAAAGAACAAUGACCAUGAUAUCAUUGCCAUUACCUACCAUGGAACAAACCUGCAGCUUGCACCUGUACAUUAUAUAAUUAUGGCUGUGAUGGUGCUGCAAGAAAAUCCUGUUAUUCCCAACCAAAGUGUAUCAGCUUUGUAUGUCAUAUUCAUUUAAAGUCACUCUACUAUAUUAUGGAGAUAUUCAGUCAAGAGUUGUUUUACAAUCAGGGUAUAUUAUUUAAAAAGAGAAAAAUGCAGCAAUUGUCAACACCGGUUUGAACCCCAAUAAAAAAUAAAUAAAUGGGUGACCUCAUGCUCAAAUUUAUAAGAAAAUUUAUUGUGAUUGUUUUCAAGGUACACACACACACACAAAAGAAAUUUAGAAAAAACAGAAAGAUUUCUUUUGUCAAAAGAGACGGUUGGGUUUAACCUGAUUGUAAAACGGCCCUCAAGUAAAGCUUGAUUUAACACUAAAAGGACUGGGGGGGGGGGGGGUGGCGCCAUGAUGGCCCCCCCCCUCAAUGCUUUGUGUGAUAUUUCCAAAAUGCAAAGAUAGCGCUGAAAAGUUUUAUGACUUUUUUCUUUGAAGUCUCGCGCAACUUUGAUACCAAAUUUGCGACAUACGGAUAUUCCAUCGCGACGUCACGUGACUUUUUACGAGGCAAUGUCAUGCCGAUAAUUGCUCAUUUUUAUACUUUGUGUGCAAAGUCUAUGGGAGAUGAAAUUCAUAAAAGAGUGACUAUUCUUCAUU